AUGUUGAAAAGCAGCGGCGGAUUCGAGGAGGUCAUCGCCAACCAGCCGUUGGUGAUCGACAAUGGGUCAGGAAUCAUCAAAGCGGGGUUCGCCGGCGAAGAUACCCCAAAAUGCGUCUUUCCUGCCUUCGUCGGCCGACCCAAGUUUCAGCGCGUGAUGGCCGGCGCCAUUGAGGGCGACGUCUUCGUGGGAACAAAGGCCGAGCAGCUGCGAGGUCUUCUGAAACUGAGUUACCCCAUGUGCCAUGGCAUGGUGGACGACUGGCUCGACAUGGAACUUGUUUGGACUCACGUCUUCUCUGAAAUGAAAAUCAACUCUGAAGAACAUCCCGUACUGCUGACCGAAAGCGCGUUGAAUCCUCGGCGACAACGCGAGAAGGCGGCAGAGAUUUUCUUCGAAACCUUCAACUCGCCGGCCAUGUUUGUUUCUGCACAGCCCAUUCUGGCCCUGUACUCAAGUGGGCGGACCACAGGUGUUGUUCUCGACAGUGGGGACGGCGUGACCCACGCUGUGCCUGUCUACGAAGGGUUUUCCCUCUCGCAUGCCAUCAUGCGCUCGGACGUGGCUGGCCGAGAUAUCACGGACUACCUCGCGCUUCUCCUCAGACGCGCAGGACACAUCUUCCACACUUCUGCGGAGAUGGAGGUCGUUCGGAGCAUCAAGGAGAGCGCGUGCUACAUCGCCUUCAAUCCUCAGAAAGAAGAAGCCCAGGGAUUCGACAAAACCGGAGGCGGGUAUCCCUUCCAGCUCCCCGACGGUGUGCAGAUCCAGAUCGCAUCCGAACGCUACCGAGCACCGGAGAUCCUCUUCCACCCGUCUCUGAUUGGCCUGGAGUAUGCAGGCAUGCACGAGCUCCUAGUUACAUCAGUCAGUCGAUGCGACUUGGACCUCAGGAGAAUGCUGUACUCUCAAAUUGUCCUCGCCGGAGGCUCGACGAUGUUUCACGGCUUUGGAGACCGCCUGCUGAAUGAAGUCCGAAAAUUGGCGCCCAAGGAUAUCAAGAUUCGAAUCUCUGCCCCUCCCGAGCGAAAGUUUUCCACUUGGAUCGGAGGCUCCAUCCUCGCAUCGCUGGCCACCUUCAAGAAGAUGUGGGUCUCCAAGCAGUCGCGAUACUUCAGUGUGCGACUCGGUGGGCAUCUCGGCCCCUCGAGGGCCCUAAAAGAAUGA